UUUUGUGAUUGGUUUGUUUAUUUAAUGGUUUCGUAUUUACAAUAAUGUUUAUAAGUGAACUGCCUUAAGCCAAACCUUUUCUAGCAAGUAAACCGUGCAAUGGUACACCAUGCUAGCUCAACAUAUCGAUUUUUUUCUUUGGUGUUUUGUUGUUUGUUUUAUAUAAAUGAAGAAUAUUUAAUUGUGAAGUAUUAUUUUUUAAAGUUAACUUAAUCUUCAUAUAAAUGAUGUCUCCAAUUGUGUGGCGAAUGAACAGAGUAUGUGUUUAAAAAUAGUGUGUGAUUUGUGUAGUUGAUUUUGAGGUUAUGUUAACACUCUUGAACUAUCAUUAGUAGUACUUUAUGUCAAAGAAUUAACAAUAAUGUCAUUUUGUAGAAUUAUUGGUGCAUUUAUUUUCAAGAGGAAGCUAAAUACUUUUUCUGAAAAAAAUUUAGCAGAAAAGUGGAUAUUACCAAGCGGUCAGAAAACCGACAUCUGUGUGUACAACCCCAUAACAAAGACUAAAGUUCCUUUUAUCCUGAACGAUUUGAAUUAUGUUACUUGGUACAUGUGUGGUCCGACGGUGUAUGAUUCUGCCCACCUAGGACAUGCUAGCUGCUACGUGAAGUUCGACAUAGUCCGCAAGAUCCUGACUGGCUUCUUUGGCCUGCACAUUGUGCAGGCCAUGAGCGUGACGGACGUCGAUGACAAGAUCUUGGUGCGGGCGGCGCAGCAAGGGGAGGAUGCUGCCAGCCUCGCGCGCAGGUACACAGUGGAGUUCUUCGAGGACAUGGCCUCGCUGGGGGUGGAGCCCCCGUCUCUCCGCCUGGCCGUUACGGAUCACAUUCCUGACAUUGUGGCUUUCGUGCAGGUGCUCAUCAACAAGAGGGCUGCCUACGUUGCUAAUGGCUCGGUGUACUUCGACACGAGCAGUGAUGCGAGGUACGGCAAGCUGAGCGGUGCGACCGUGGAGGAAGAGAGGGAGGUCCGUCCGGACGGGGAGAAGCGCAGCCCUCGCGACUUUGCGCUGUGGAAGGCCGCCAAGGCGGGGGAGGCAGCAUGGCUAAGCCCCUGGGGUGCGGGCCGACCCGGCUGGCACAUUGAGUGCUCCGCCAUGGCCAGUGCAGUGUUCGGGCACAGUGUGGACAUCCACUCUGGAGGCGUGGACCUGUUGUUUCCUCAUCACGAGAAUGAAGAGGCUCAGAGCUGCCUCUACCACACGACGCCGCAGUGGGUCAACUACUGGCUGCACGCAGGCCAGCUGCGCGUCAACAGCGAUCACAAGAUGUCCAAGUCGCUGGGAAACACAGUGUCCGUGCGCCAGUUCCUGUCCCGCCACACGGCCGCUCAGUUCCGCAUGUUCUGCCUGCUGUCGCACUAUCGACGUGGCGUGGAGUACUCCCCUGCUGCCAUGGAGAAGGCAGUGGCCGUGUCGCGCCGGCUUGAGGCUUUCCUGCACGCCUGCCGUGCAGCCCAGCGUGGCCCUGGCUCCUCCGUCAGUGCUUUUUUCCUGCUGCAAAGGCUGAGCGAGACACAGCGCCGUCUUUUGGGCGCCCUGGCAGACGACUUUGACACGGGCUCUGCGCUGGCGGCCAUCUUGGACCUGGUGUCUGACACCAACAAGGAGCUGCAGUUGCACCAGGAGCAGGGCCCGGAGGCGUCGGCCGGCAAUGCAGGUGUGCUGGCUGCAGUGGCUGACUUUGUGAGAAAAAGCCUGGCACGGCUGGGCGUGCACUUUCCCUCGCUCGAAGCUCUUGGCAGCGCAAACCAGGCUGGAGGGGGCGCGGUGAACACGGAGGCUGUACUGGAAGCCGUGGUGCAGUUCCGUAGCCGCGUGCGUCUCACCGCCUUGCAGGAGGGCAGCCCUGCCGCGCAGCGCUGCCGCCUGCUGCAAGCCUGCGACGAGCUGAGGGACGAGCUGCGAUUGGCCGGAGUGACACUCAAGGACCAUGGGCAGCUGUCUUCGUGGAGUGUCUCCAGUCAGCAGCCGUAGCACCACGCUGCUCGCACGAACAUCUUGCUUGCGUGUUUCAUAGCUGCUCUGCAUCUGCCGGCCGGUGCUUUGUGAACACAGAGUUUGUCGGAGAUUCCCAUGUGGAAGCACUUUUGCUGAUUAAAGUGGUCUUUGUUUCAACUUCCUAGUGCAACUUGGUUCUCUUCACUCCUUUUAAAUGUUCUGGUGAUCUACACACACUAAGUGAUAAUAUAAGUCAUUGACACACGUGUUGUAAGAGCGAAUGUAAAAGGGUAGCACAAGAGGUCUCUGUCUUGCCAAAUAAUAUUUGGAAUUCAUGUUAGUUCCACUUCAAACCAAUGCAGGCAAAAACUAUAUUUAGUAAAAAAUAUAUUAAAAUAUGACUGACAAAAUAGAUGAUGUGAUAUUGUGUCUAUAAGAAUUUUGAAUAUUUUUACAAAGGGGUGCAAUCACCCAGUGUGUGGAGAUUUUCUUUAUCAGGUAUUUCUACUAGUCCUUAAAGUCAAGAAAAAGUAACUAAACUGGAGGACUGGUCAUGAAGGUAAUGAAAAAGCCCCUAAAUAAACAGAAACAGUACUAAAAGUCACAAAACUUUAAUUCUUAGCAUAAGUUGUUAACUUACAUUUUAUUUUUUGAUGUAUAAUUAAAGUUACCAUAGCAUAUCUAUCUAUCUUCUUCUGUAUGUAUAAAAAUGUUAAGUUGGUUUGUGUACGCUUCAAAAACUCAAAACCUUGUGCACUUAUUGAGCUCAAAUUUUGACACGGUAUACAACCUGCUUCAAAGAUGGUUUUUAUCUAUUUUUCACGUCAGUAACAUACCCGCGACCGCGAGGAAACCGGUUUUUUAAAUGGUCAGCUGUGUACCAGCAACCGCGCCAUUUGCCGGAAGCAAGGGGAACACUCUCUAUACCAUGUAAUGAGAACCGCAGUCACAUGUGAAACAUUACUUGUUCCCAAUUACAGUGUUUAAUGACAAAAAAAAAGUAUCCAAAAAUCAUAAGUAGAGGUUAUGUUUUGUAUAAGAUAUGGACAGAAAAUAUUUAAAUUUUUUAUAAUUAUUAUAAACUAUUUUAUUUAACGAAUAUUUUACUUAUUUAUUUUAAUUAAUGUAUUUAAGUAAUACUAUUAGUUCUUAACAACUUUUCAAUACUGUCUGUUCUGUGUCUCAUUGUUGUCAACAUGGAGUUGUGAAAACGAUUCGGGAUGGGCAGAAAAAAUAUUAAUAAAAGUUUUUGCCCUCUUAGAA